GCGAUCACAAAGCUGAUCAAACUGCUCGUUAGGCAGCAUUCAACACAUGGCUUCGAAGUGUGACACUUCCACGAUCAGUUAGAGUUGCUGCGGAACUGACUUAUCAAGUAAAGAGGCGCGUUUGGACCGAAACACCGAUUUGGAAACGACUCGAGGACGCGGAGCUCGAUGAAAGUCUCCUCACAUGCGAUGAAAGACAUGGACAUCUUCAACGGUGCCUCUGCAGAGGAGCCAACACCCAACCCGGAGAUCGGCGCGCUCCUGCCCGGCGCGCACCCCCACUUCCCUGCUGCUUGUCCGGAUCGAGGCCUGGACCUAGAGCUGCUUCAAGGAAUUAUCUUCGAGGACACCAAGUCAGGUGCUUCCCUCCCCGGUCCUCCUCCUCCUCCUGCAGACCUCCUUGGACAGAACCCUCUAAACCAGAACCACAGGAGACAGAACGCUUCACCUUCAUCUAAUCCGAUACUGGUGUCACGAGGUGCUGCAUGUAAGCCAAACUUCUCUGCACUGCGGGGGGCGUCCCGUCCCAGAGACAUGGCGUCGACUCAUCCUUCCCGGGUUGCUUCCUCCUCCUCAGCCGGUUCCUCUGGAUGUGGGAGAGUCUCCUCGAAGAGCAGCGUUUCCUCUCAGAACCAGGGCGACACUGAGAUACUGGAGCGGAUUCUGGAAAAGCCCAAACUGGUGAUAGUGGAGGAGCCCAAAGACAGAGGGAUGAGAUUUCGCUACGAGUGUGAGGGGCGCUCGGCAGGCAGCAUCCUGGGGGCGUCCAGCACUGACACCAACAAGACUCAGCCUGCGAUAGAGAUUCAGGGUCCCAUUGACCACUUAAACAGGGUCACUGUCACUGUCUCCUUGGUGACCAAAGACUACCCACACCGGCCUCACCCCCACUGCCUCGUGGGUAAAGACUGUCCGAACGGUUCAGGAAUCUGCAAGGUCACGUUUAAUCCUCACAGCAACCGACGUCACAGCUUUGCUAACCUUGGUAUUCAGUGUGUACGGAGGAAAGAGCUGGACAUUUCACUUCAGAAGAGAAAAGGCCUAAAUAUUGACCCAUUUCAAACUGGUAACUCAAAGGGCAUUGAAGACAUGGACAUGAAUUCGGUGCGUCUGUGUUUUCAGUGUGAGCUCGACUGGGAGGAUGGCAGGAAGGACUCUCUCAGCCCAGUGGUGUCCAACCCCAUUUAUGACAAGAAGGCCACGACGACAUCGCAGCUGAAGAUCUGCCAGUUGAACCAGUGCAGAGGUUCCUGCUCUGGCAAGACGGAGAUCUACAUGCUGUGUGACAAAGUGCAGAAAGACGACAUAGAGAUCAUCUUCAGGAAAGGGUCGUGGAAGGCGAACGGGGAGUUUGCCCAGACAGACGUCCACCGGCAGAUCGCCAUCGUCUUCAAGACUCCGCCCUACCAGGACCAGGACCUCUCAGAGGAGGUGGAGGUCAAAGUCCUCCUGCGUCGCAUCUCUGACAAGAUGGAGAGCGAGCCGGUUACCUUCACGUACCUGCCGCACAACCGGGAUCCAUAUGAAGUAAAGCGAAAGAGAGCGACCAUGAAGUCAGAAAUCAGCAUCACAGAGAAACCCUGCAUGACAGCUGAGACCACGCCUCCAUCAGAACAGGUCAUCCCCUUCCUCCUGGGGAACCAGAACAUGAUGUCUCCAGGUGAGGGGUCGUGCACUGCUCAGCCCACCGCUCCUGCUGUGGUGGACAUGUGUUACAGUGAGCCCGCAGACCUUGACAAUGCCAUCUUCAAUCAGCUGCUGGAGUCGCCUGAGCUUUGGCGAGCGCUUAAUGACCUGGACUGCGGCCUGCCCUGUGACCUGCCACCUGCCGACACCAACUCGACCUUCGCCAACACGGACAUGAACUUCAACCAGAACGUUUCCUCGUAUCAGCCGGACCUUCCAUACAUUGACUUGCACUUUAACAUGCUCGUCAACGAGAGCCACAAUCCGCAGUCGGAGCCACAGGACGGCAUGGGACAGAUGCAAACGGAGCAGGACGGCAUGGUUCACCUGAAUCAUGGUGUCCUGAAUCAUGCCAUGCCACAGGACAGCAUGGUUCAGGUCAAAAUGGAAGAGGACGGACAGCUAUGAGGAUACGAAAGUCUGGACCAUGUAGCACAAUUAAGGUCAACUCAUGGUUUCCACAAAUCUGAAGUGGACAGAAGGUGUGCUCGCCUUUCUGUUCAUGCUGCAAAAGGUACACAUUAGUUUACUGUCUGGACUCUUGCAAACUUGGCUGGACGACGAACUUUCCGUCACAUGAACCCUUACCAACCCGGAAAGCAUGAAUUGGCCUUUGGCACACUCUGUCCGUCGUCCUUUGACAAUGUCUUUGGGCAAUGUCACUUUCUUGGCAAAGUUAGAAACCACUGUCAUGUCUGUAACAGAAGAUGGGAAGCUACAGCUAACAGAUUGUUAGCUUAGCGUUAAACUGAAAAUAGGGGGAAACAGCCUCAUUCUCAGUUUUUGUGUAAUCAAACAAAGAGAAUUGAGCUUUAGAGACAUUGGUAGUCACUUUAACAAAGCAACACCAGCUGUGUCCCCUUGUUUCUAGUGUUUAUGCUAAGCUAAUCAGAUAGUCUGCUUUGUAUUCAGCACAAAGGUAUGAGUUUGGUAUCAAUAGUCUUAUCAACUGCAGUUUAUGUUGCUCCAGCUGCUUGCACUUCAUAGCGUUGUUGUAGAUUCAUUUGGUUUCACAAUUCUGCAGUGUUGCCCUCUAUUUUUAGUUUUGUCUUGAAGCCUUGCUGGUCGAGGCUUUAGCAACCAGGAGCAGCGUUCUUAAAUAUUUCCCAUAAAGGCUGCAAGCAUUAACUUUAAAGCUGACAAGUCAGAUGUAAGUGAUUCUCAGUUAGCAUGGAGCUUAAAAAGAGAACUCAUAAACAUCUCCAUGCAACCUAGGAACAAUAAAAACUUCCAUAAAUCGCUGCCUGCUCUAGUAAAUCAUUGGCUGAUGUAUCAGUCAUGUAAUAUUUGUGUAAUGUUUGUUUGCUUCAGUGUGAUGUUGGGAAAAAUCCUUCUCAAAGUUGGCGGCAGUACAAAAGGAUUUUAUCUCAAAUAAAGUCAGUAGUGUCAGGUUCCUUCAUGACAUCUGUUGCUCUCUGUUGAUGUGGCUGUCACAGCUGCUUAAUAUUUAAUCUACUUAAAUAUAAUAGAAACCGCUCCUCCUACUAUUCAUAGCUCUGUUUGUGUCAGUUCCCUUUGUUCUGCAGUUUCACUCUCGUGCUAAGCAUUUUAAGCAUUUUCCAAAUGUCACAUGUACAACUCUGCCUCCUCACUGAAAUGUAAAUACAUCAAAGAAAAAAUAAACGUCAGUGUGUGGUA